UCCCAAUUAUCAGAUGUAAGUGGGAAACAAGGCGAAUGAAUACAAAUUAACCAUACUCGUCGUCAACAAAUGCCAAUACAUCGGUGUUGUUCUAAAGUGGGAGUGCCCCAUACCACCUAAAACAUCAAUAAUAAUGCUUCUUUAAGACGAAAAGUAAGUGGUUUACCUAAUAAACAAAAUGCCAGCUAUGAAGGACUCGAACAUUGUAAAAAUCGCUGUGGAAAUGACCAACCAGGUCGCCCAGCUAAUUGAAUUCAAUCAAAAUCAACCCCUUGCCGGGAUUAUCCAAGAAUUAUGCAAUGGAUGGCAACUUUCAGACCCUGACCAAUACGCGUUACAAUUUAACGAAACCAACAACAGAAAUUAUAUCACCGAAAAGAAUCGGAAUGAAAUUAAAAAUGGGCAAGUUUUACGAUUGGCUGAUUCUCCAUCGAAAACCGCUCAGGAUAUCUUAAAUAAAUUAAAUUCGGGGAAUCUGGAUGAGACUGCUGAAGCUGUCAAGAAAUUGGUUACAUUGAGUGCGGAUAUUACGUUUGCUUUGGAUUUUAUAAAUAAACAAGGUCUGGCUUUGAUUAUAAGAAGAAUUGAAAAUGGAAAAUCUAAUGGGGUCGUUCUAGCAAAUACUUUAUUGUCUUUUGUGGAGUUAAUGGAACAUGGGAUUGUAUCUUGGGAUAUACUCAAUGGAAAUUUUAUUACUAGAAUCGUUAGUUUUGUAAACAGUAAUGAUAAUGCUCGAGUUGUUCUAGCUUGUUUAUCAAUACUGGAGAAUGUUGUUUUGAAUAGUACAGAAGGAUAUAGCCAGGUUGAAGGAGAAGUACCGGUAACAUCAUUAUUAAGUCACCUCCAUCAAGAACAAUCAGUUGUUAAACAAAACGCAAUUGCUUUAAUCAACGCUCUCCUUUUAAAAGCGGAUGCCGCGAAACGUCGAAGCGUAGCCACGACGUUGGCGUCAAAACAAGUUCGUCAAGUGAUUCAAGAAAGUAUAAUUCAAAAAGGGGCCGCGGAAGGAGCCGAAAUGGCCCAUCAAUUAUACGUGCUUCAAACGUUAACUUUGGGGCUUUUGGAACAGAGGAUGAUGACCAAAAUAGAUCCUCAAGAUCAAGAUGCUCACGAUAAAAUUAAAGAAUUACGUCGUAUAGCGUUUGAUGGUGAAGGUGCUGGAAGUAUGAGGGGUCCCGGUGGGUUUACAAGGGAUUACAAAAAAUUGGGCUUUAGAAAUGAUAUAAAUCCGGCGAUGGAUUUUAUGGAUACUCCUCCUGGAUUAUUAGCUUUGGAUUGUAUGGUUUAUUUUGCAAGAAAUCACGCUGAUGCUUACACAAAAUUGGUUCUGGAGAAUAGUUGUAGAGCUGAUGAACACGAAUGUCCUUUUGGGAGAGCUAGUGUUGAACUGGUAAGAAUUUUAUGCGAUUUAUUAAAAAUCGGUGAAUCUCCAUCAGAACAGGGUGAAUCUUUUCAUCCUUUAUUUUUCACUCAUGAUCACCCCUUUGAAGAAUGCUUCUGCAUUUGUAUCGUUUUACUAAAUAAAACCUGGAAAGAAAUGCGAGCAACUUCUGAAGAUUUCGGAAAAGUCGCCGGUGUUGUAAGAGAACAAAUCGUAAGAGUUUUACACAGCAAACCACCAUCUUUAGAACAACUAAGAAUUUGUUUACAAAACUUAACUUACAGCGACAUAACAAAUUUAUGGCAACAAGAAAGAACAUCUAGAGAAGAAUGGGAAUCUCACGCAAGGCCAAUCGUUGAUCUCCGCGAACAAAUCACACCGGACAUUUUAAACUUAAUUAAACAGCAAAGAUUAGCCUUUUUAGUUGAGGGUACACGUUUCACAAAAUACUCCGCCAGAGGGCAAAGAAUCAAAGACAAAUUCUGGUUCAUGCGACUAUCUCCGAAUCACAAAGUUUUACAUUACGGCGAUUGCGAUGAAAAGAGUGCCCCAUCAGCCGAAGAGUUAGCCUCAAAAUUAGCCGUUUCGGACAUCAAAGCUUUGUUAGUCGGUCGAGAUUGUCCUCAUACUCGCGGACGGAAAGCCUCGCAUCAAUUAGCGUUUUCUUUGGCGCUGGAAGGGGUUGAUUUGCAAUCUUUAGAUUGCGUCGCACCGGAUGAGCUCACUUUGGCUUAUUGGACAGAUGGGAUUCAUUCGCUUUUGGGACAACGUAUGCAAAGUGAGGAGACUAAGAAAGACUUGGACACUUUGUUGUCAAUGGAAAUUAAAUUGAGGUUGUUGGAUGCCGAAGGAGUUACUAUUCCGCAAGAUCCACCGCCAAUUCCACCUGAUCCACCACAUUAUCAUUUUUGCUAUGAUUUAAAGUAGAUUAAAGAUAUGUUUAGGUAUGAUAUUGAAAUGUAUGGUAGGUGUGUAUUAAUUAAGGCUUGGAACAACUUUUUAUUAAUACACUCUGUAAUCGUCUUUAAUAUAAUCCAAAGAAUUGUAUUUGAGGAAUCUCUUGUAAUCUAGUUUUUAAUCUAUCUGUGCUCUCCUUUUAAACCAACAAUUUUUAUAAUAAAAAUAUCUUUAAUAAUUUUAA